GUGUCUUGACUAAAACCCACCAGGAAGAAAUAUUGUUCCGUGUAGGGUAGUUUAAUUACAAUUCUGAUACGCACUUUAACUAAACAAAACAAUGAUGGCGGCAGUUGACGUUUAUUUCAUUGCACUUUUACCUGUAGUGUGUAUCCAGUGUGCUUCUAGUUACAUUCAAUUUGUUGUUCCUGGCGUUACACAGGCGGAAAGUAGUUCAAUGCAUAAUUCUGGUGGCGUAUAUCCUUACUGGCCAAACAGAACAGUAGAUGGAAACUUCAGCCAAAAUGCUAGAGCUUGUUUACAUACAGCUGUAUCGUCUGGUAUCACUGAGGCUUGGCUACGAAUUGAUCUGCAAGCUGUUAGAAGUAUAAAGUAUGUGAAAUUCUGGUACAGGAAUGACAGGGCCGACGCGUCAACAAACACAAUUCGUCUGUUAGGAUAUAGCAUUAGAGGCUCGACCAACAGCCUUUUAUCGGACACAAAAGUGUGCUACUCCGAUAGCUCAGAAAUACUACCCACAGUUAUAGAGGCCGGGUGUAAAGUAUUAGCGAGAUACAUCUGGUUUUAUCAGACAAAGUCGCAGUCUGGAGAGGUUCCAAUUCUCGAAAUAUGUGAAGUGCAGGUGUUUGGAUGUAAAACAGGAUUUUAUGGGGACAACUGUUCAAAGUCCUGUGAUCACUGCGUUAAUAACAAAUACUGUGAUAUAGAUACAGGACAGUGCGACGACCUUGGGUGUGCUCUUCAACAUCAACCGCCAUAUUGUAUUGACUGUAUUCCUGGCUUUUAUGGCCCUAAAUGUGAAUAUCAUUGCAACGUGUACUGUUUAUUGGAUUACUGUAACAAAGCUACAGGAGCCUGUUCAUAUGGUUGUGACAGUGGAUACCUAGGCUCCCACUGCAACUUCACUUGCCCGAGAGGUACUUUUGGACAAAAUUGUCUUAAAACGUGUGGGAAUUGUUUGCACAACACAACUUGUAACCACGAAAACGGAACAUGUCCAAAUGGUUGCGAUGCUGGUUUCAAAGGCCAAUAUUGCUCAACAUCUUGCGAUGAUGGCACAUUUGGACAGGACUGUCGAUACAGAUGCAGUGAAAAUUGUUUAAAUGGUGAAGUGUGUGACAAAGUGGAUGGACAUUGUGAAACCUGUGUUACUGGGUAUCAGAGAUUUAGCUGUGUUGAGAAAUGUAGGAACAGGACCUACGGAGUAAAUUGCUCCAAACAAUGUGGAGGCUGCCUUAAUGGUACUGACUGUCAUCAUAUUAGUGGCCAGUGUUAUCAGGGCUGUGACCCCGGGUGGUACCAGACAACGGACUGCAACGUCAUUUGUAACAACCAAACGUUUGGAGAAAAUUGUGUGCAUCAGUGUGAUGGACACUGCAUUAACGAUGAGCCGUGCAACAGAAGAGAUGGAACGUGUAAGCAGUGUUCGUUGGGAUGGGCCGGUAAAUUCUGUAACACAACUGCUAAAAGCCUAUCUCAAACGGAAAAUGAUAACUUAGUGAUCACCAUUGGUUCUGUUGUUGGCGUUCUUUUUAUCCUGACCAUUCUGGUAGGAGUCGUAUGCCUUUAUAGAAAAAUGCAUGCAAGAAAAGAAAUGAGUGAAAAUGUAGAUGACAUCAAUAUAUAUGAUUUACCAUACGCAAAAAAAGCUUGUGGAAAUGGUACCCUUGGCAAAGAUUGUGUUCAUAAAUGCAAGGAACAUUGUCGGAAGGAUGAGCCCUGCAACAACACAAAUGGAAGGUGUUCGAAGUGUUCAUCGGGAUGGGCUGUGCAGUUUGUAGUCCCCGGUGUUACACAAGCCGACAGUAGCUCAGUUUAUGAUUUCGAGGGAACGUACUAUUGUUGGCCAAACAGGACUGUGGAUGGAAACUUCAAUCAAAGCAUCAGAAACUGCUUACAUACAGCAACGACUGACGUUACCGAAGCGUGGUUGCGAAUCGAUCUUCAAAGAAUGAGAAGCGUUAAGUCAGUGAAAUUCUGGUAUCGAAACGACAGAGGUGACAGUGCGACAAACACAAUUCGACUGGAAGGAUAUAGUAUCAGAGGUUCGAACACCACCGCACAGUCUUCUAUCACUCAUGUCUGUUAUACUGACACAGGGGCGACCACUCUACCUACUAUUAUUGAGGUAGAGUGUAAGUUGACCGCCAGGUAUUUCUGGUUUUAUCAAUCCCACGCGCCAAAUAAAGAGGUUCCGAUGCUCGAAAUAUGUGAAGUCCAGGUGUUUGGUUGUAAUGCGGGGUUUUAUGGGGAAAACUGCUCCAAAAGCUGCACGCACUGUAAGAAUAGUGCAGUGUGCGACAUUGAUACAGGGCAAUGUGAUGAACUGGGAUGUGCUCUUCCUGAAAAUCAGGCACCAAAUUGCACUGGUUGUAAAUCUGGAUUUUAUGGAGAGACGUGCUCCAAAACGUGUGACCACUGUAGGAAUAGUGAAACAUGUAACAAAGACACGGGCCAAUGUGACAGUCUCGGAUGUUUUCUUCCAGGAUUCCAACCACCUGCUUGUAAUGAAUGUUUCCCUGGAUUCCACGGCCCUGACUGUAGGUCCCAUUGCAGUCCGUUCUGUAGAACUUACUACUGUGACCGAAUAACGGGCGCAUGCUUACACUACUGCCAAAAUGGUCAUCUAGGUCCAUACUGCAAUUACACCUGCCCUGGUGGUUUAUACGGGCAAUAUUGUUCAAAAUCGUGUGGGAACUGUUUACAAAACACAACUUGUAACUAUGGUAACGGAACCUGUCUGGAUGGCUGUGAUGCUGGUUAUAAAGGGAAAUACUGCACAACACCUUGUAGCAAUGGCGAAUAUGGAGGUAACUGUAUACACAAAUGCAGUGAGAAUUGUGGGAAUGGCGAGGUAUGUGACAAGGUGCAUGGACAUUGUGCCUCCUGUGAACCUGGGUUUCAAGGGCUUCAGUGUGAUGAAAAAUGCAAAAACAGAAGUUUUGGAGAGGGUUGUUCAAAACAUUGUGGAGGAUGUCUACAUGGGAGGGCUUGUCAUCACAUUACUGGCCGUUGUGAUUUGGGUUGUGACCCCGGAUGGCAAAAGACUGAUGAAUGCAACAUCACUUGUGAAAAUGGUACCUUUGGCAAAGAUUGUGUUCAUAAAUGUGAGGGACAUUGUCUGAACGAUGAACCCUGCAACAACACAGAUGGAACGUGUUCGAAGUGUUCAUCGGGAUGGGCUGGUGAAUUUUGUAACAUAACCGAGAGACUUCUAAAGGAGGAAAUGAAACAAAGCGUUGGAGUUAUAGUUGGCCCCUUGCUUGGUGUCCUCGUCAUCCUAACCUGUGUGACGUUCGCUAUAUUCAUUGUCAGAAAAAGGCAUAAGAGUAAAACGACGAGUGAAAAAGUAGACGACAUGAACAUAUAUGAUUUGCCAAAUAAAGGGGACAAGGACUAUGACUACGUCAACACUUUACCAUCACGUGACCAGUCUACAUGAAAGCAGAUAGACCUUAUUUGUAGGCGGUCAUACCGGGCUAUUAUAUGCACACAUAUAACAAUAUGAUGACUUUAUUGUUUAAAAUUCUUCUUCUUCUAUCCGGUAUGGAGUCGACCUCAUUAACUGGGUGAUAAUAACUCCGGCGAUUUCUUGAUAACUUCUUGAAUGUUAAUGUAGAAGAAAAAAUAAAACAUUUAUAAAAUUUGAAACAAGAAAUUAUAUUGACGCAAGCGUCAAAUGGGCCGCAAAAAAUAUAAUUGUUGUAUGAAUCAUUGGUUGUUUACAGAAAAACACACCACAAAGAAGAAAAUAAGAGUUGGUUGUACUAAUUUUUAUGGUAAAUUUUAAUAUACUGUCAGUAACUUGUUUUGAAGUUUAACAUUUUACUAUUAUCAUAAAGAAUCGAUUUCGUUACUGUAAGCAUUUCUAACGGAAAUUGUGUGAUCAUUGCCAUUGUAUGAAGCAAUGGAGAACACAUUGAUUUGUACAUUACUCUAAUACAAAGUUCAACUCAUCAUUUGAAAUUUCUCUUGAAGAUUAUGUAUUUCAAACCAUUUUCAAAUUGUUUUUUUUUUGUUGUUGCAUUGUAUUGAAUGAAAACUUAAUGCAUUAGUUUAAUAUAUGAUUUCAAGGGACCUCAUAAUAAAAUAAAAAUGGAUUAGUUCAAAUUUUCCAGUCAAUUCAAAUUUUCAUUUCUGUCAUAUUCUUGCGUAAAUAAUUGAUAUAAUGUCAUUUCAUGAUAUUUUCUACCACAUUUUACAAGGAAAUAUAAUAAAUACACACGCAAAGUCAUUUUAUUUGACACGUCACAUAGAAAUUCAAAUAUAUCAUUUAUAUAAAAUUUAAUGACAUUCAGGUCUUAAGUAUUUCA